AUGCAAAUAAUCAAUCUUGCUGUCUUGGCUGCCACCUUAGCCACCGUCGGGGCACUUCCCUGGUUUCAGGACGCCAAUGGAGUGUGGGUUGCCAACAACGCAUGGUGGGACGACCUUAAUGGCGUCCACAAGGUCCACGAGGCCUGCGCCGCACAAGACGGGUCUAGCAACCACGGUGAUGGAGCGUUGUGCGCUUACGCGACUGAUGCCAAUGGUGGCAUUUUCAACGGAUGUAAGUGCUCUGGAUCUGGAUGGCUCAAAACGAGGAAGCCUCUCUGA